AUGGGUGGCGCAGGGAUCACAGGUCGCACGCGACCUACCAAGGUCAAGAAGCAGGCCUCUGCCGCAAAGAGGAAGCGAGAUGAUGUCGACGUCGAGAAGCUGGAAGCGGCUGUUGCAGCACUGGAACCCAAGACAGGCGUAUACAAGGACUUCACAGACCUCCCCCUCUCCGACCCUACCAAGCAGGGACUCAAGUCAUGUCACUUUGCUGUCAUGACCGAUAUCCAGUCCAAGGCAAUUCCUCUUGCACUUCAAGGUCACGACAUACUUGGUGCGGCGAAGACUGGCAGCGGCAAAACUCUGUCGUUCAUCAUCCCCGUGCUCGAAAACCUCUAUCGACUUCAGCACAUCGGUGCAGACGCCGGCCUCGGUGCCCUAAUCCUUUCGCCGACUCGAGAACUCGCAAUCCAGAUUUUCGAUGUCCUGCGCAAGAUUGGAAAGCAUGGGCACAUGUUCGCCGCAGGGCUGCUGAUCGGUGGAAAGAGCUUAGAGUCUGAGAGGGAGGCUCUGACGAGAAUGAACAUCCUGGUCGCAACACCUGGGCGAAUGCUGCAGCAUCUGUCACAGACUGCAGCGUUCAACGUGGACGACCUGAAGAUGCUCGUCUUGGAUGAAGCGGAUCGAAUUCUUGACAUGGGCUUCCAGAAGGAUGUGGACGCAAUCAUUGAAUACCUCCCAAAGGAGCGUCAGACAAUGCUCUUCUCCGCAACGCAGUCACGCAAGGUUUCCGAUCUCGCACGCCUGAGCCUUCAGGACCCCGAAUACGUAUCCGUACACGCCGAAGACAAGAGUGCGACACCCAAGGGUCUCACACAGAACUACAUCAUCUGCCCCAUCGAGGAGAAGAUGGACACACUAUGGAGCUUCAUACAGGCGAGCAAGAAGUCGAAGAUCCUGUGCUUCUUCUCUUCGGCGAAGACAGUGCGCUUCGUCUACGAGUCGUUCAGACACAUGCAGCCCGGUAUUCCACUGCUACAUAUUCAUGGCCGCCAGAAGCAAGGAGCUCGUUUGGACGUGACAGCAAAGUUCUCUGCCGCAAAGAACUCAUGCCUGUUCGCCACAGAUGUCGCAGCUCGAGGUCUUGAUUUUCCGGCUGUCGAUUUCGUCAUCCAGGUCGAUUGCCCAGAUGAUGUCGAUACCUACAUCCACCGCGUUGGCCGUACAGCUCGUUACAAUCGCGAAGGACGUGGUGUUUUGUUCAUAGCACCGAGCGAGGAGGAGGGCAUGCUGAAGCGGUUGGAGCAGAAGAAGGUUCCAAUCGAGCUCAUCAACGUUCGACAGAAGAAGAAGACAUCGAUCAAGGAGCAGCUGCAGAACAUGAACUUCAAAGAUCCGGCAAUCAAGUAUCUGGGCCAAAAGGCGUUCAUGACACACGUCAAGUCGCUCUACCUGCAGAAGGACAAGGAGGUCUUUAAGCUGAAAGAGUACAAUUUGGAAGCGUAUGCGGCAAGUUUGGGUCUGCCAGGAACGCCAAGGAUUAAGUUCCUGCAGAACGACGACAGCAGACAGAAGAAGCAGGCAAGCAGAGAGAAGAUCGAAGCAUCAGAGGAGUCAGAAGAGGACGAGGUAGCGAAGGCAGCGAAGCCUAUACGAACGAAGUACGACCGUAUGUUCGAGCGUCAAAACCAGGACGUCCUUGCAGACCACUACAAGAACCUCGUCCGAGACGGCGACGACGAAGCAGCAGCAGACGACUUCACAGGUGCUGGUGCCACAAACGCAGACGACGACUUUAUGGCCGUCAAGCGCCGCAUCCCCGCCGACAGCGACGACGACGAAGACUUUGGUAUCGACGAAACAACCGAUCCCGCCAUACCAGGCGGCAAAGUCGUCAACCUCGCCGGCGCAUCGCAGCCCCUUGUCAUCGACUCGAACCGUCGCGAAAAACUCCUCAAAUCCAAGAAGAAGCUGCUGCAGUUCAUGGACAAAGGCAAGAAACUCGUCUACGACGACGAAGGCAACCCGCACGAAGUCUACGAGCUCGAGAACGAAGACGAUUUCAAGGCCCGCGGUCUGCCAGAGGAGCAGAGGCAAAAGUUCAUUGAGCAGGCUAGGCAGAUUGUGGAGGAGGCGGAUGUGGACGACAAGGCUGCGGCGAGGGAGAAGAGGAGGGAGAAGCUUAGGAAGCGGAGGGAGAAGGAGCGGGGUGAGCAGGUUGAGGCGUCAGACGAUGACGAGGGAGGUGUCGAGCUUCCAGACGCUGGGGAAGACCUCCUGGCUAACUUUAGGGCCGAUGCGGAGUACAGUGAUGAGGACGACAAUGAGGAAGAGGCACCGCAGUUGGUGGAGAAGAAGCCGAAGAAGUGGUUCCAAUCCGACUCAGAAGACGACGAGGGGAGCAGCAAGAAGAAGCGGAAGAAGAGCAAGAACGCAAGGCAUGUUGUCGAGCAGCCAGAAACGCUCGAAGAUUUGGAAGACAUGGCCGCCAGAUUGUUGGGCUAA